CGGGCGGGCACGAAACUCAGAAUGGAGCAAAUCGCCCUUCGACAUUGCGCGCUGGCGCGUUCAUGUGGCGCCAACAAGCGCAGCUCGGUCAGUCAAGGUGACCGGCUGGCUCGCAGGGGCGGAACCGGCAGUGGAACGUUCCGUGGCAAAGGCUGCUCCUUUUGUCGUCACUCCGGUCUCUCAGGCCACGCGUCGGCGCGCAGUGCUAGCCACCUUGCAGCCGCAGCAGGCACGCCCGGUGAAAUGGAGCGAGCGAGGCAGGCAGCCAGCUGGAGCCCUGCCAACGUGGACGGCGACGUUCUCCCUGCCUUUCCCGCCGCUUUGCGCCGGAUCCUCCCGGCGCCAACGUCGUCGUCUGUCCAGUUGGCCGCUCCGGCUCCCGGGACUCGGUUGACGCGCGUGUAAAGUACAUCCCGUCGACGAUGUCGACCACCGGCUUUCCACAAACUUGAAACUUUACGCCACCGCGACGACAUUCCCGGCUGCUGAAACUCUCCGUUGCCGCGAAAGACAGUGCCGGAAGCGGAAGGGCCGAGCGCGCUUUUUCUCCCGGCGAAAUGGUGGAAGGGACCGACGAGGGCAGGCUAUGAUGAAAUUCUCAGACAUCGCUCGAGGUGCGAGGGAGGGAGGUAUUGUUGGAAUUGAAAGAACGGGACGCCGAUUUCUCUCGGUUCUGAUCGCCGUGCGGUUUUCGUGAUUCCUCGGUGUCUCCCUUGAGAAUUGAAGGCCGUGAAGUCGCGCAGAAUUCGACUUGCUGAAGGAAACAGAUUUCGAAUCUUGCAUAGAAUGAAGGCCCAGCACAGCCGACUCCGAGAAGAGAUUCUGUUGGGGUUCGAGUCCUGAUGCAGACGAGUGGCAUCUGUUCCUGCCAGAUGUCUGAGCCAAGUCAAACACCUGGUGCAACUUUUGACCGAAGAAGAAAGCUCACGUGAGCAUCGUGUCUCCGGGCGGCAAGCUUCACGGAGCUCGAGAGGUCUUUCAUUGGUGAAACUGAAGAACUGGACAUGUGCACAUGUCUCCCUUCCAUGAACGAAGUGAGAGAGUGGUGUACGAAUCCCGACGCAAUUCGUGGCGGCCACUGCUCAAGUUUGAACAUCGCUCCGAAGCUUUGAGGCUUUUUAUGGUCAUUGCAUCUAUGUAUGCCCACUGCUCAUACAUCACUGACUAAUUUCGGAACCACCUUCUGGUCCACUUUUGGAGCUCUCAUCGGACUGCUUAAAUCGAUGGGCAUCAAGCAGCGAUAUCCAGGUCUAGUGAGACGCGUUUAUUCAUCCCUCAGACUGCAGUUCGGUGUACAUCAAUAGUCCUGUAACAAACUCCUUCGAUUCUCUACGGUACGCUAUUGCGUGCAGUAGUGAAUCGAAGACGGAUGAACCAGUAAGAGGGCAAAGGCGUUGCAGGCAGAAUCCAGGACGGAGACAUUACACUUGACGUGAUCUUGAACAGAACAAUCGAAGUUUGGGGUUUAUGGUUUGAGACUGUAGUGUACGUGACCGCCGUUGCUUCAUGGUGGCCACUGCAUAGGGUGCCCCGAUGUUGCGGAGGUAGGUCACCCAGAAAGAUUCAACUUUCAGCGGCAGGUCAUUUAAAUCGGGAGGCAGAGUGGACUUGGCUUUCUUGUAUAUUCUUAGCUGGGUUUGAGAGAUUUAGUCAUGUGAAGAUUGUGAGAACGAGGAUUGUAGACAUUGAGGAAUCUCCCACUGGCUCGGAGUCGAAACAGCGAAGGGGUUACAGAUGUCAUGCCACAAUGGAGAUACUGUCGUGACUAGAUUAGUUAGCCAGGGUUGGGAGCAAAGUGGAACUAUAUGCUGCAUAGUUUUAAAGGACAGCUGAAGUUUGCAGAGGUGAAGACCUUUGAAGAGGUUGACUUUAUACAGGUUUCAAGUCAGAAUUACAUAGCAGAACCGCAGUGGUGGAUCCACUCACUCAAUAGCGUGCAGAUGAGUCCCGAGGAUAGGUGAGAUUCUGCCGUUUCAUCCUUUUAGAAAAGGCCACAGAAAUGCAGGCCGGGAUAGGUCAGUGGUUCUCAAAGGUGUAGAGAUGGGCCCCAAUAGCUUUCAUGAGUUUCAUCAGCAAGGCGUCGAGCGGGUGCAGGCGCAUGCGAAAUAUGUGGAGAUCCAGGCGAAUACGUGACAGCGAAUGUGCGUAGAUGCCGUCUCCAUACCUUUUAGCAUGGUGUGUACAGUCCGGGAACAGUGACUGUACUGGGGAAUCUUGACAUUUCUGUCAAAGAAAUUCAUGUCAUUUCCAGAGGUGAUCAAUUAUAUCUCUAACAAGCAUAUGCAGAUAUUCUUUAGUUGGGCUGCUCAAAGUACACUCCUAUGGCCGGCUAUCGAGGGGAAUGUACUUAGGCGGACACGAGAAGCCUUUGAACAGAUCGAUGGACUCCUCCUCUAGUAGUAGGGUAAGGUCAGUACUAGAAAAACGCCGCACGCACUUGUAAGGAGGUGAGGAUAGGCCCAUGAAGAUUUUAGAAGGUGAGGCGGAAAAGCCACUUUGCUCACACUGUACUAAACGCUGGAGAAUGGAGGAUAAGAGCCCUGAUGUGGUGUUAGAUCCAAAUUGCUGGGGAAAAUUGCAUCCAGAGCUUGUCGAACAAGUGCUAUACAAGCUUCCAUAUUCAAGCCUGGUAAAGUUCCGUUCUGUGUGUAAGCAUUGGAAAGAUCUGAUUCAAUGUUUUCCCCUGGCUCCUAAAUGUCGCUCUCCCAAAUCAGUGCUGCUCUACCAUCAUAGCGGCGGCAUCCGCGGCCACAAUGGGAUAUGGAUGGGGGCUUUGCUUGCUUUCUUUAACUCGAAGACAAACACAUGGGAGAGACGUUCUCUUCCUUUCCUUGGGACGCGUUCUUUCGUUGCUUCCGAUGAAGGCUUACUAUGUUUCAGCAGUAAGUAUGAACCGGAGAAAUUCAUCGUAUGCAAUCCUCUCACGAAGCAGUGGAGAGAAUUAAAACUGCCCUCAAGCGUACUCCCACCAAUUCCACGGGGUGCCGCAUAUAAGAACCCUUUCAACUACAUGCUCAUGGGCAUGAUCAUGAAUAAGGAGACAGGACACUACAAACUGGUGAUUGCUGGAUUUCACGAGGCGGGUCCGUCGAAAAGUUUCAUCUAUGACUCUUCCAAAAGCACUUGGAAUGUUUCCGCUCCACUGCCUCUUUUACCUACAACCUUGAACGAUGGGGAAUGGAUCUGUGCUGGAAAGAGCGUUUGUUGCAAUGGGAACUUGUAUUGGUUCGUCCAUGAGAUCGACGAUAAUCAUGAACAGGGUGUGAAGGCGUUGGUGAAGUUCAAUGUGGAGAAAGAAGAAUGGAAAGUAGCUCAAGAAGCAGCACCGUCUCCGUUUUUUUGUUCAUUCCAAGUUGCUGCACAGAGUGAGAGUGUUGUAUUGGUGGAUUGGGAAGAUGACCAGUAUUGGGGCUACGUCAAUGGUGGUCCGACUGAACUUCUAGAGCUGGGCUCCGAGAUGAGGCUGAUGGAUGCCAAAAUGGUGGACUUAGCCUUCAUUGACGAAGAGACUCAACCUGUUUGGAGCGUUGGACAGGGAGAACUUCUGUACAUCGUGUAUGACUAUGGCCCUCAGAGAAAGGGCCUAAAAGUGCUUGUCUAUGAUCAAUCCAAGGGGUCCAUCACCUGGCUGCCCCCAUGGAGGCACUUACGAGAACACAAGUCAUUUUGGGCGUUUACGCCGUCUCUGAGAGCUUUCGUCUAGAAGAUCUGUGCUUCAAAAUACACGGAGGAGAUGUACCUUGUUUGCUGCGUGGGACAAAGAAAACUUCAAUCAUGAUGUGUGACUAGAGUUGCUUACGAAGUGAGGGUUUUCGAUCACUCAGAAGGGUCGAUCACAUGGCUGCUUGCAUAGAAACACCUACUACGUGAUCACAGGUCAUUCUGAGUACUAAUGGCCAUCCUGAAGGCUUGUUUCUUGUGAACCAGGCAAAAACAGAGUUUGUAGAUUGAUCUUAAACUGCUACAUAGUAACUGCUGCAUACUAUGUACUAGUACUGUUUGGUCACCUUGCAGUGCAUGUACGAGUAGUGGCCAAAAACUUAGCAUCUAAUAGAUUUCAGCUUAAACGCUGAGACAAACAAAACUGAGCAAUUGAGUAGCAGCAGCAUGGCAGGUGUCUGAGGCGUCCGCUUGAUCUAUCUUGAGCUACAGAUAAUGAAGUAGAAUGUCGGCAAGCAUAUCCUACCUGGGAAAUGAAUGUUCUCAUACCGUGGACACAGCAAGCAGGUAACUUUUCUUCAUUAGUUGCACCGAGCAGAUGUGUACAGCUAUGUGAGUAGGCGUUGAGUAAUUAGAGGCUAUUGCUUUGGGGGUCCAGCAACAUAGUACGUUGAGGAGUGUCAUAGGUUAUCAAACAUCUGAGCAAUACAGGACUGGAGAUGAAGUACAUCGGAUGCAGCGAAGAUACGCUUUUCCUAGAUUACCGUAGUUUAGGAGGCUUGUACAGGUAUAAUUUUUGUAUUUCAAUGCUCCACUCUUCUUUCCAUUUUGAUAGAAACUGCAGGAAAUCGAGACCUUAUUGUGUGCAAGCUUGUCGACAAAUGAAAGUUCGUAACAGUGGAUGUGUUCUUGGAUCCCCCAACAAUCUAACUUAGUUGUGAUU